AUGAACCUCAAUUUUGGAAUUGAUGCCACAGCUGCAUCUCAAAAUGCUUUUCCUUAUUAUGUGUUUCAAGAGUUUGAGGCCUGCGUAUUGAAACCGACAAAGGUUUGGUCAUUAUGUGACAAGCGACUAAUGAGUGAAGCAGGGCAUGCUGAGCCUUUAAAUCGACAGCUUUUCAUUCAAUUAGUUACCUACAACGCCAUGCCAGGAGAAGCUGGAGCCAAUCGCACGUUUCGAUCGAUCUUUGGAGAUCAAAAGACGCAACAUGAUCAAGUAUUAAUGCUGGAGAAAGAGAGUGAUAACACCUUGUGGAAUGAUGAAAUGCCAUUAGAUGGAAGUACAAGUGCAUACGGGAACAACGAUAGGUUGGGACUCCAGUUUGCGCAACUCAAGUCCAUGGAAGAGUGGGCGGACGGCGAAGAUGAGGAGGAAAACUGGAAAGAUGCAUUGCAAGAUCGUGUGAACCAGCUUGAGCUCGUUCUUCAGAAUCGGAAUGACGCUGCUGGACAUGAUGUCGACCAGCAACAAAAGGUUGUAGCUCACGGGUCACAAAAUGUUGACUUCAGUCAGUCGCUCCCGGCCUCACGACAACCGUCUCCUGGCGCUGUCUCUAAACAAUCUCGACAUAUGACGCGGCAUAAGAUGCAACGCACAUCUUCGUUACAUGCAUGCAUUACCAGCGACAUGAAAGUCACGUAUAGUCCUCAAUAUGGUCUGUGGAACAAUCAAAGCAAAGGAACGAAAGGUAAAGCCGGACAUAUAAUUCAUCACGACACCCGCACCAGGGCAACUUCGGUUGAUUUUGUUGCCCGCAACAUUGAAACGGUAGAGCAAUAUUGCAAACGUUCUGACUCGUUGAGUGGAUUGAAUGCUUUCAAGACGAACUCGCCGCAGCAUUCGCUCUCCAGAAAGAAAUUAACGAAUAGUAAUCAUACAAGUCCUUGUCAGAGAAAUAGUGAUUGUGCUCGCGUGUCCAAGACAAUUGCACUAGCGUCGCCAAAAGCGUCAGUAUCUCACUUGAGCGAAACAGAGGCAAUUCGUCGUUUUGUGCUGGACGAUAUUAAAAUGAUGUCCAUGGAACGGCUUGUGAGCGAUGCCCAGCGAUUACACUAUUUAGAAAGCUACUUUAAGACUCGCCAGGGAUCAGGCGCCACGCCUUCCAUCACAACCUCGACGUUCGUAGCUCCGACUUCACCUGCCUCUUCCUCUUCGCCAAUGUCAACAUCCUGA